GACUGUUUGUUGAUGCGCAUGCGCGGGAAAGGGCGCCGGAAUUUGAACAAGAGGAGCGGCGGUUGAUGUGCGCGAACAACAUUGUACUUAAAGUGAUAUAAAAACAUGUCAUCUCUUUGCACUGUGGAGUCGAUGUUGCGCAGCCCUUUGAAGCGCUUGAGGCAGCCUUCCACAGACAAUGAAGGAAAUGAGGGAGCAUCGUCUCUAGAUUCUCUAAAUAGUCAAAAGCCUUUGUCCUUGGAUGAAGAGAUGGAAAACAUUAAUCCUGUGGAAUCUCAUAUGUCAUCAAAGUUUAGAAACCUUGAGCAUGAAGUCAAGCCAGACACUCCCAUGGUUCCCUCGGUGAAAUCACGGCUUCGAAGACUAGCUGAACAGAAGAAAGAAUUGUGUUCUGAUGAUCUUCUCUCCAAUGCACGGUUACCUUCAGACACAAAAUAUGGAAUGGCUUCUCCAGCAGAAAUGAUCAACGCCUGGAAGAAUGAUCUCAUCAGACCAGCUAUUAAGAAGGCCAGAAAAGAGACUAAAGAUCAAACCGUCGUGCCUUCUAUGGAUGUGAAAACUUCAUUAAUCUCAAGUAGCAUUGUUGUGCAAGCAGUUCGAGACAAAUUUGAAGAGAUGAAUCAUGAGAAACAGAACCAAGGACAAAUGGGAAACUUCCUCAGCCCUGAAGUAACUCCAAAUACCAAAGCCAUUCAGGCAAUGCUGUUUCAGAACUCUACUCCCAGUGCCUCUCAUGUUAUUCGGAUAAAAAGGGAGCGCGAGCGGGAGCUAGCAAUGCUUCGGGGCAAGACUGAGGGGAAGAAUCCUUGGGUAAAAAAGAAAACAUCCAGGACCUGCACAGGAAGUGAGGAAACUCUUGAGGAGAUUACAGUACAACAGACAGAGAUGAAAGAAGGCAAAGAAUCGCAAAUGGACAUGUUUCCUGGCAAUUAUACCACUUUGGGGUUUAAGUUCACUCCAAAUGAUGAGGAAAUCCUACAUAUUACUGAAGACAUAGGUGACGGCAAGGGAAAAGAACCCAUGGAUUGGUCUACUCCCCUAAAGAAGGUCACCUUUGCAUUAGAGCCACAAACUAUUCCAUCGUCAGAAUAUAUAGAAACUGACAGUGAUGAAAAGUGCAUCUCUGAGAUUGAAUUGGAAUCGUCCUCUCAGGAAGAGCUAAAUAACUCUGAAAUAAUUGAUGAGCUGUUUAAAGACGUGCUUGACAUGGAUGAUGUAAAGGAAGAAAUAGAACAUGAACCUGAGGCUGAAGACCACAUGGUGGUAGAGUUGGAUAAACCUGAAACUGAGGAGCAAAGUGAUGAGGCAAAAUCUGAAAAUGAGGUAAAAGAAAAAAAAGAUGAGCUGACUCUUCCCAGAAUAGCUGUGGUGUCUCCACUUGCCAAAUCAAUCAAAUUAGAUGCCAUGGCUCCUUUGGCCACGGUACUGACAUCAUUGAACAACAGUCUAACGGAAUCCAGUCCCUCCAUCUAUUCCUCUUUCAAGAUGGAGAAUACUGGGCAGAAUCAAAAUCAAACUGGAAAUCUUUCACCAGCAGUGGAUGGUACACCAUUCUACAGUAUUGAUUUGUACAGAACUCAACGUCGCAGUGCUCGACAGCAAGAAAGGAAAAACAAGGAAAUCAGCAAGACAAAUACCCAAGGAGGAGCAGAAGGUUCUGUUUUUGAAACAAAGCAAGUCACUACGAAAGAGAAAAUAAAGAUACUUAACGAUGAAAUUAAGAGACUGCACAACAUCAUGCAUCAGGCGAGCCAGGCACUAAAUUGUUGUACAGACAAAGAACACGGCAAAGGCUCAUGGGAAGAAGCAGAAGCAGAGCGUCACCUUCUUAUUGCUUCUGAGAAACGUGUUGCAUUACUAACUGAGCUGAGUAGGCUGAAAGGAGAAGGUUAUGCGGGAUCCCGAGGUGAAGCAGCCCAGUUGACAAAUGGGCUUGAGCCCUGCUAUGGCGAUGUCUGCAUCUCUAAUCUUCACCUGCCUCUGAAAGCUGAAUUUGUGUCUCAAGCAUUAUGUAAAGAAGGAAAGCCCACGCAUUAUUUCUUGCUGAUGAUCAAAUAUGGUCCACACAAUAUUAUAGCAACUCCACUAGCAACAGCAAAGGAUGCUCACCAGAGUGAUACCAUUAUUUUCCCAACCAUCAUUACACUGAGUGAUAUUCAUUACAAGUUUGAAAUUGAUGUGGAGGUGUACAGCUUGGCUCAGUCUUUAAAUGUAACCACUGCUGAGAAGCGAAGAUUGUCAAGAUCCAAGGCUUUAACACCUAAAAAGCUCCUGACGUCAAUAACUAAAACAAACUUACAGUCGCCUGGUGCUAGUCCUGUUCUUGGCAGUUCGAUACGUGCCAGUAGGUUUGUACUGGUUGGGUCUCACACAAUCACUCUGGCAUCUCUGGGCAAAGACAAGUUUGCACUGGACAAAAUGAAGCUUGAUGGAAAAGUCAGGCAACUGCUUGGAGAUGAGUUUCAGGAAAAGGUCCCAUUCCUAUCUCCCCUUGAAGGUGCCGUAUAUUUGAAACUGCAGUGCCAUUUUCACUCCACCAUUGAGUAUUCGGGAUUCCUGACUAUAUUUGAGGAUGUGAGUGGGUUUGGUGCAUGGCAUCGCCGGUGGUUUGUGUUGUCUGGCAACACACUUUCCUAUUGGACUUACCCCAAUGAAGAGAAACACACGAAACCUAUUGGGUGCAUUAACUUGGCCAACUGUACCACAGACAAGAUUGAACCUGCCAGUCGUGAGUUCUGUUCCAGGCGUAAAACCUUGGAGCUGAUCACAGCAUCGCCUCUGUCUAAAGAUGAUCAUGAAACACUAAUUGUACAGUGUCGAGACAAAUUCUGCUUUACCAAACACUGGCUGUCAGCUGACACGAAAGAAGAGAGGAAUUUGUGGAUGGAGAAACUUAACCAAGUCCUGAUCAACCUCAGGACAUGGCAGCAGAUACCACACUUGGCAUGCAGGGAUGGAAUCUGAAAAUGAGAUUAUUCAUCCUCUACCACAGCCAUCCUCACUACUGUACUAUUCCAUUCCACUACAAAUGGUACAAGGGACGUGGCUGCAUUUGAUAUUUAAGUGCUUUGCAAGUAGUUGACUACAUAUCCAACCAGUUAUAUAAUUGCUGCUAAAAAUUAUUAAAUUAAAUUUAAUCCAAAGAACGUUUUUAAAAAAAAAUGGUAUUUCCGGAACUCUUCCUUGUUGGUAUCUUUUGGAUUCCUGCCCCGGUAUAUUGAAAAGCUUGGAAUUUUUUAUGUGUGAAACACCAUCCUAACCUGUGAAAUUCCAGGUUAUUUUAAGAGGUCAGAGCUAGUUUCCCAAUAUGAUAUACAAGGAAUGCCAAAUCAGACACGCUUAAAUAUGGCAGCACCAUUGACUACUUCAUGGGAGUGUUAAGGGGUCUCCGAUUUGCUCAAUAUAAGCCUGAAUCGCUUCAGCAAAUUGUCAGCAUAAGAAUAUUGGACAGAUUUUGACUAAGAUGGCAAUUCCACGGCUGACUAGUCUAAUUUACAAAUGAGGGGAUAGAUAAGUAUAUCCAUUUUUGACCAGUCUUAUGGAGACUAGUUGUUUCUGCAAAUCUUGAAAUUUGAGCAGGGACUGGCUUGUAAUAAUUGGGGAGGUGGGAGGGGGAGAGAAUAGUUCAGAAAUCACUAUUUAAUCAAGGCCAGAAUUUCCUUGCAAGAUUAACUCUUUGGCAAGAUGACAAAUGAUUAACUUUGCACAUGUAUGUCAAUCUAUUAUUUCUAUCUUCUAUCCUAUAUCUACAUCUUAUUUGUCCUAAUGUAUUAACUUUUCUGUAUACAUGUCAUUAAAAUAAAUAAAUAUUUAAACGUG